AUGGACGUCGCAAACGGAGCUGCGCAGGCCGCGGCCGUGGCGCCUGCAACGGCCAACGGUAACGGCGAGGCCGGCGCGCCAUCCGACUCGGGAGAAUUCAAGCUCAAAUUCUGCACCGUCUGCGCGAGUAACCAGAACAGAUCUAUGGUGUCUCAUCUCCGUCUCGCAAACGCCAACUACCCCGUAAUCUCCUUCGGCACGGGCUCCCUCGUCCGCCUGCCGGGCCCGUCCAUAACGCAGCCCAACGUCUACCACUUCAACAAGACGUCGUACGACUCCAUCUUCAAGGAGCUCGAGUCCAAGGAUCCCCGCCUCUACCGCCUCAACGGCGUCCUCAACAUGGUCGACCGCAACCGCCACGUGAAGUGGGGCCCCGAGCGCUGGCAGGACUGGCAGGUCGGCAUGCCGCGUCUGCAGCACACCGAGGAUCGCGGCAGCGUGGGCACCGAGGGCGGCGUCGUCGACAUCGUCAUCACCUGCGAGGAGCGCUGCUGGGACGCCGUCAUCGAUGACCUCAUGAACCGCGGCAGCCCGCUCAACCGCCCCGUGCACGUCAUCAACGUCGACAUCAAGGACAACCACGAGGAGGCGAGCGUCGGCGGUAAGGCGAUCCUGGACCUCGCGAACCACCUGAACGAGGCGGCCAAGCGAGAGAGGGAGGCGGUCGGCGCGGAGGUGUUCGACAACGGCAGCGCGUCGGCGAGAGCAAGCUUCGACGAGAAGGUGCCGGAGAUCCUCGCGGAGUGGCAGGACCGGUGGCCGCAUUUGCCUGCGAUCUGGACCUUGGCCUGGUUCUGA